GGUCCCGCGAUUCUAUAAAAGUUGUCAUCUUGGGCGCUUGGCGGUUUAGUUGGAUGUCAGUUCUUGGCCGCGAAAGCUUAAGGAUAUUUUAAAGAAAUGAAUUUUCUGGCAUUAUCCUGUCUUGUUCUUCUAAAGUUGGCCUGUGUGGAUUCCACUUUGAUAUACCAAACCAACUCGGAAUUCGGUAUCUUUAUGGCCAUAUCAGUGCCUCUCAGUUUGAAGAAUCGCAAUGUGUUCCUUUCGUAUAGCUAUGAAUUCAACUACUACCAGCCCGAGCACAUCUACAAGUAUCCUCCGAUAUUGAUGGGUGACAACUGGGAGGAUAGUUAUUUGACGUAUAAUACCACCGGUGGUGAUGAUAGCAGCAGCAGCAGCAGGUCCUUUCGUUCUGUGGAUGCUAAUAGUUCAACCAAAAAACGACCUUUGCCGAUUAUGAGUCGAACCAAUUUUUACAUAAUGCUCAAGGAUAAAUUGGAAAGGACAGGAUACCCUGCUGAGUCCUGCCUGCUUCGCUUGAUUUGCGAAACGAAUUCCUCAACACUUGGCCAAGUCAAUGGACUCUUGGGCAGCAUAGUGCAUAUCUUGUUCACACCCAGCAGCUCUAGUGACGAGAAUCUCGACAAGACCUACUACCAAGCGGAAUGGGAUGGCCUUCGGUAUGGCGACUGCUCAUCUUAUGCGAGCCAAUGCGAAGAGAAUGUAUUGGAUUUGAUAUCAAGGCCAUUGCACGAUGUUCUCAGGGAAGUUCUGGAUAGACGAAAUGGAAGAUUGUAAACUGGAUAGUAAAUCGGGCGCCUACAGUUUUAUCUGCAUUAAACCAAUUCGACCCGACAUCGAUUUCCAAUUCUUCGUUUUAAUUAACAGCUUCUUGGACACGCACCUUUCUUGCCGACUUUUGCCCAAGGCGGCCUCCAGUUGGUUUUAAAACGCUCAGAGUCGAACAUCGGAAAUUGCUUACCAUUGGAUAUUCUUGAAUUUUUUCAAUACCAUGUA